AUGGCUCCCGCAGCCUGGCGCGCAGGCCUCUCCGCCGCGCGUCCCCGCUCACCCGCGCGCCCGCUGCGCCCCGCGCGCUACCGCCGUCCGCGCGCGCCCGCCGCCCCUCUGGCCUACCGGGCGCAGCGCCCGCCCCGCCCUGGCCGGUGUCCGGCCUCGGCCCCCGCCCCUCCCGCACCUGGUCGCCACGAGCGCACCUACCCCUGCCCACCGCGGGGCCCGCACCUGUGCCGCUCCAGCUGUGGCCUGGGUCACCCUGAAUUCCCAGUCAUAUGCGAGCAGGCACCCCGAGGCAACUUCAUCUCCGAUGAGGACAGCACCUGCCUGGCAGGAGCCACCGCGCGCCCGAUUGAGCUAGGUUAUAAAACAGAGUCUUCAGGAACUCGAUGGUCAACAGAUUUUUUAAAUUUAAUAAAUGAAUGAACUCCACACCAAAUUCCAUUAUUAUGGUUCUAUUGAUCACAGCACCAAUUUAAGGACAAACUCACAAGAACCACUGCAGGAACUCAAAUAUUUUCCAAACCUAUUUUGUUACCCUAUUUUAUUCAGAUCUUCAAAGAAAUAACAUUUUCAUUUACUAAUUUUUCUACUUUUGUGUGCCCUGCUUCCUUAAUUUUCACCUUCCUUUGUUUUUAUCUUAUCGUUAGUUUUAUUGAAUUAAAUAGAGGUUCUUUAUUUUUAGUAUUUUUUGUUGUUGUUCAGCCCCUAGGUUGUGUUUGACUCUGCAAUCCCAUGGACUGUAGCACACCAGACUCUUCUCUCCUUCACUAUCUCCCAGAGUUUGCUCAAAUUCAUGUCCAUUGAGUCAGUGAUGCCAUCCAACCAUCUCAUCCUUUGCCACCCUCUUCCCUUUUUGCCUUUAAUCUUUCCCAGCAUCAAUAUCUUUUCCAUUGAGUGGGCUCUUUGAAGCAGGUGGCCAUUGGAGCUUCAGCAUCAGUUGUUCCAAUGAAUAUUCAGGGUUGAUUUCCUUUAGAAGUGACUGGUUUGAUCUCUCUGCAGUUCAAGGGAUUCUCAAAACUCCUCC